AUGCCGUUCUGCCCGCCAACAGCACCACCGGACGAUACGUCAGCGGUUAGUGUGAAGAAGAAGAUAUUAGCAAUAGGUAGUGGGCAAUACUGGUUAUUGAUUUACAUAGUUGUUCCCCUAUUCGAUACUUCCACUUCUCAUUUCGAACGUGUGGUGUCUAAUGAUGUGACAGCGGCUCAUCAGGGAGCACUGAUGGCGUCACAUGUGGAACUCCUCUUUGGAGCUCUGCAGGACUUGGGCAAUGAGGAGCUCAAGCAUUUCCAGUGGCUGCUGAGGCAGGCUGACAUUGUAGAAGGCUUCCCAGCUAUCCCCAAGAGCCAGCUGGAGGGGUCCGAUAGGCAGGACACGGUGGAUCAAAUGGUGCAGACCUACAGCCUUCCUGGAGCUUUGCGGAUCACAGUGGAAGUCCUGAAAAAGAUCAACAGGAAUGAUUUAGUGGAGUGUCUUCCUGAACCCAACAGUGAGUCCUCAGAGGAUGCCACUGAUGGUGGAGAGACUGCAGGAGCGUGUUCCAUUCAACAGGCACUGGCAGUUCCUCACCCUCCCAUCUCUGGUGCCCAGGCUGAAGAUUUGUUGGUUCCAAUACCAGAGCCUUCAAGGUCCAUCACAUCAUACCAAUGCAUGCUCCAGUCGAACCUUCAGAACAAGUUCAUGUGUAUACCAGAGGGGUUGUCAAAGAACAAGGAUAAGAAACUUCUAGAUGACAUCUACACGGGGCUCUACAUCAUAGAUGGAAAUCAAGAAGAUGUCAACAGGCAGCAUGAAAUCAGGCAUAUUGAGAUGAAAUCAAGAAAACCUGAAGGAACUGAGAGAAUAAUUCAGCACAACGACAUUUUCAAACACCCUUCUGGAAGAAACACACCUGUAAGAACAGUGCUGACCAGUGGGAUCGCAGGAAUUGGCAAAACAUUCCUCAUUUCAAAAUUCAUUCUGGAUUGGGCUGAAGGAAGAGCCAAUCAAGAUGUGCAUCUUGCAUUCCCCUUCACCUUCCGCCAGCUGAAUUUACUGAAGGGCAGAAGGUUCUGUUUGGCAGAACUCAUUCACAGAUGUAUCAGGGAAAGCCUAGAUAUCAAAGAGGAGGCUCUUAAUUACAUCUUCACAAAACUACAGGCCUCAGGAAACACCAAUUAUGACAAAAGUAAAUUUAAACUUUUGUUUGUGCUUGAUGGGCUUGAUGAAAGCCGCCUUCAACUUGACUUCUGUGACAAGGAAGAAUGUUCUAUUGAUGAGCCAUUGUUGGUGAAUGAUCUGCUUGCAUACCUCAUCCAAGGCAAACUUCUCCCCUCUGCUCGCCUCUGGAUAACCACACGACCAGCAGCGGCCAGUCAGAUCCCUUUUGACUUCAUUGACAUCAUGACAGAAGUGAGAGGGUUCACUGAUCCACAGAAGGAGGAGUACUUCAGGAGGAGAUUCAGAGAUGUGCAGACGGUCAGCAGAAUCAUGUCCUACAUCAAGACAUCACGAAGUCUCCACAUCAUGUGCCACAUUCCAGUUUUCUGCUCUAUCACUGCGAAAGUUCUGCACCAAAUGUUCAGCGAAGAUGAGAGAAAAGAAAUCCCUCAAACUCUGACUGAGAUGUACACAAAAUUCCUUGUGUUUCAGAUCAAGCAGACAGCACUCAAGUACAACACAAAUAAGAACACCAUGAUCAUUGAGUCACUUGCAAAGCUGGCUUUUCACCAGUUGAAGAAUGGUAAUCUGAUCUUCUAUGAGGCAGACUUGAACAACAGUGGCAUUCAUCUCAGUGAAGCAUCAGUGUACUCAGGGGUAUUCACACAAAUCUUCAAGGAAGAAAAUGGGCUGAACGAAGACCGGAUGUUUUGCUUUGUGCACCUGAGUAUUCAUGAGUUUUUGGCAGCUGUUUUUGUGGUCCUGUCACUUUUUAAUGACAGAAAGGAUGUGAUGGCUGAACCGCAAACAUGUCUACAACAUCUGCAGGUGCUUUUCAGAAAACCAUCUGUAGCUGAGAUCUGUAUGAGAGCUGUGGACAAGGCCUUGCAGAGUCCAAAUGGACAUCUUGAUUUGUUCCUCCGCUUCCUCCUGGGUCUUUCGUUAGAGUCCAAUCAGAAUCUCUUACAAGGUCUUCUGAAACAGACAGAAAGCAGCACUGAAACCAACAACACGUUAGUGAAGUACAUCAAAAAGAAGAUCAGGGAGAAUCCCUCACCAGAGAGAUGCAUCAACCUCUUCCACUGUCUGAGUGAACUGAAGGACUGUUCCCUAGUGGAGGAGAUCCAACAUUACCUUCGAUCAGGAAGCCUCUCCACAGCCAAUCUCUCUCCUGCUCAGUGGUCAGCACUGGUCUAUGUGUUACUAUCAUCUGAAAAAGUCCUGGAUGUGUUUGACCUGAGGAAAUACUCCAAAUCAGAGGAGGUUCUUAUGAGAAUGCUGCCAUUGGUCAAAGUCUCAAGAACUGCACUACUGAACCAAUGUGAGCUCUCACACCUAUCUUGUGAAGCUCUGGCUUCAGUUCUCAGCUCACAAUCCUCCAAUCUGAGAGAGCUGGACCUGAGUAACAACAACCUGCAGGAUUCAGGAGUGAAGCUACUCUCUACUGGACUGAAGAGCCCACACUGUAGAUUGGAAAAUCUAAGGUUGUCAAGAUGUGAAAUCAUGGGGAAAGGCUGCGCUGCUUUGGCCUUAUCCCUGAGCUCCGACUGCUCCUAUCUAAAAAAACUGGACUCAAUCUACGAUCAACAAAGACCAAGAAUAUCAAAAGGGAAAUGGCUAAUAAAGGACCCGAGUCCACACAAACAAUUAUAUACACGAUAUUCGGAACCAACAGAGCCAUGCUGUGAAAAUGUGGAACAAUAUUGCAGUUUGAGAGAGCUUGACCUGAGUAACAACAAUCUGCAGUACAUAGGCCUAAAACUGCUCUCUCUGGGACUAAAGAGUUCACACUGUAGGCUGGAAACUCUCAGACUCAGUUGGUGUAACCUGUUGAAGUACAACUGUGUACAUUUGGUCUCAGCUCUCCGCUACAAGUCCUCCAGCCUGAGAAAACUGGACCUGAGUGAUAACGACCUGGAAGAUUCAGGAGUAAAUCGGCUCUGCUAUGGACUGGAAAGUCCACAUUGUAAACUGGAAACACUUAGGCUGUCAGGCUGCAUGGUGACAGAAGAAGGCUGUGCGUCUUUGGCCUCAGCCCUGAGCUCCAACCCGUCCCAUCUGAGAGAGCUGGACCUGAGCUACAACCAUCCAGGAGACUCAGGGGUGAAGCUGCUCUCUGCUGGACUCAAGGAUCCACAGUGGAGACUGGAAACUCUCAGCUUUGAUCAUUGUGGAGAGUUCAGGAUCUUACCUGGGCUAAAGAAAUAUGCCUGUGAACUCACACUAGAUCCGAACACAGCGAACAAGAAGUUCCUCCUGUCUCAAGGUGAUAGACAGGUCACAAAUGUAAGAAAGCCGCAGCCGUAUCCUGAUCACUCAGAGAGGUUUCAGUACAGGUACCAGGUUUUGUGUACCAAUGGUCUGACUGGCCGAUGUUACUGGGAGGUGGAGUGGAAAGGACCGGCUUAUGUAGGAGUGACAUACAGAGGAAUCCGCAGAACAGGACGAGGGGACGACUCUCUGCUCGGGUGGAACGACAAGUCCUGGUGCUUAGAUUGCGACAAGAACACUGCUUGGCACAAUAGAAAAGGUACAGUCAGAACAACAUCCAACCAGGGUUUCAACAGAGUAGCAGUGUACCUGGACUGGCCUGCUGGCACUCUGUCCUUCUACAGAGUCUCCUCUGAUACACUGAUCCACCUCCACACCUUCCACAGCACAUUCACUGAACCCCUCUAUCCUGCAUUGAGGGUUCUUGGUACUUAUUCAUUUGCAUUACUGUGCACAUGA